AUGGCGACGUCGGGAACAUAUGUGACAGAGGUUCCGUUGAAAGGAUCGGCGGAGAAACACUACAAGCGGUGGAAGAAUGAGAACCACCUAUUUCCCGACGCCAUCGGCCACCAUAUUCAAGGUGUCAUCGUCCACGAAGGCGAUUGGGACUCUCAUGGAAGCAUCAAGACUUGGACCUAUACAUUAGAUGGGAAACAGGAGGUGUUCAAAGAGAGGAGAGAGAACGACGAUGAGAACAUGGCGGUAACGCUCAGGGGACUUGAUGGUCACGUGAUGGAGGAGCUUAAGGUAUAUGACGUCACCUUUCAGUUCAUUCAAAAGUCGGAGGAUGAUAUCGUCUGCAAGAUCACUCUAGUCUGGGAGAAGCGAAACGAUGACUCGCCUGAGCCCAUGAAUUACAUGAAGUUGAACAAAAGCAUCGCUGCUGACAUGGACAACCAUGUUCUCAACGCUUAA